AUGAAGAUGAACUCACAGAACAGUGGAUUUGCUAAUAGAAUGGUGGUUUGUGAGGUUUUACCACCAAAAAUAGAGAAUGAGGGGUUAGUGCCAGAAAAGGUGAAAGAGAGGCUUCACAGGUUCAAGAUAGCCCAGGAUGACCAAUGUGUAAUGUGUGGAAUGAGUAAGGAAACUAGAGAUCAUUUAUUCUUUGAUUGUCAUUUAAGUAAUCUCAGUUUUCUCCGCAUAAAAGAUUGGCUAGACUGGAAGGUGUCUACAACAACAAUUCCAAAAUUGUUAAGAUGGAUUGCUAGAGCAAAACUCUCUCCUUUUAGGAAACAGGUUCUGGCAGCAGCUCUUGCAGCUACAGUAUAUCAGAUCUGGCAUUGCCGGAAUGUUGCAAUAUGGAAUCAGAGGGUUUGUACGGUGAUGGUUCUCACAAAAAGAAUACAAAGUGAUGUGAAAAAUAGAAUACAAGGUGUUAUGCCAAAGAAAGUAAAAUUGAUAGACAGAGAAUGGUUUGAAAACUUGUAA